AUGUCCAGGGAAGAAUCUCGGCGUAAGUUUACUGCCAUUAUAUUAUACUUGCCAUAACAUACAUUUGGAUUGGAUUAAAAUUUUGUUUUCAGUGUCUGCACAGCUUUCUCACCUUCGUGUCGCUACCAGAGUCAGAAAUGAGGCCGAAGCCAUCUUGUCCGAGCUUGGGGUAGGUGUAUUUUAUUUCGUUUUGUUGGUUUAGGUACCUUUUUACUAAAAAUUAUUGCAUCAGCGAGGAAAAGGCAAAACACUGGAAAUUUUUUGCAUAGUCAGAUACUCUCUAGUGUUCGUAAGGUCCAAGAGUUGAUUUUGCUGUAAUUUCGGGACCAUUUCCCUUUGUUUUUAAUGAUUCUCUUAGCUUGUCAUGGAUAAUAUAAUUUUUUGUAAAGUUUGAAAAAAUUCAUCAAAAUUUUUGCGUCUUCAGAUCCAAAAGGGAGAACCGAUCGUGGUUGAACGUCCUCCACAUCAGCAAACCGGAAGACCGGUCAGAGUGCGGACCAAUAUGUUCUCCAUCCAGAUGAACAAGCCAGUCCGUGUGUUUCGCUAUGAUCUGACGAUCCAAGGCCAGUUCGGUGAGGGGAAGACCAUCGACUUCACUCGCCGUUCCUCUUCUGAUGCUUUGGCGUCGGAUCGGAAGCAGUGUUGUCGAAUGGCCUUCGAACUUUUGUUGGCCGAGCAAUCCGACAAAGGAUACCCACCAAAGGAGUAUUGCGUCUAUGAUUUGCAAGCCAUUCUCUUUUCCUUGAAGGAACUGCCAAUUCAGGUCAGUUUAGAGGCUUCUGAGCGUAAAAUUGCGUAAAAGCUGGCUUCUCUGACCUUAUUUUUGAUCACCAUGUUAUCUAAAAUCUCAAUUUCUGAUUUUAGGGCCAUACAAUUGUCGAAAUGGAUAUCCCAGAGCAAUUUCGGCCUCAUUUCGCGCCUUGUACUCGUCUCCACUUUCUGAUCAAGUGUGUGGAGCAAUUCAAGUUGACCUUGCGGAGCACUGUCGAUAAGCCACCAUCCAACUUGGAGCUGCAGAACUACGAUCUACAACAGUUUUUGGAGAUCCUGACUUCUCAGCAUGCCAUGGGCGCAAAUUUGGAACAUAUUACAUUCGAAUCUGGAAGAAGUUAUCUGCUCGAUCCGGAGAAAUUCGGAUUCACCGUAAAAGAUUGCCCAGAACUUUCUCGUGGCGCGUACUUGGCUAUUGGAUGUCAAAAGAGCGUCCGGAUUGUUCAAGGUCCAUCUGUAGAUGAUCCUAGAGCAGUUAUGGUCUUGGAGAGUUAGUUUUUGAUCUUACACUUGAUACUGGCAUGUUUUUUUUGAAAUUUUGUAAUUUCAGGUAAGAAAACUCCCUUCCACAAGGUCGAAAGGGUCAUUGAUAAAGCCAGAUCCGCCUUUCCGGGCUUUCCCGCACAAGAAGCCACUUAUCGUGGAGUAAAACAGCUACUUCAAGGUAAUUUUUAUUUUACUUCUUUAUUUUGCUUUUAGGUCUCUAUGUUCUCCCUAAUCACACUCCAAGAAUGGUUCCUUUCCAAAUUCGAGAACUCUCUUCAUCUGCCAGGGACACAACUUUUUCCUUUGAAGGCCGUGAAGUCAGUGUACAAGAAUAUUUCAUGGUGAGAUACCAGGUUGAACUCCAGUAAGUCGGGCAUGGAAAAUAUCAAGCAUUUUAGAUUCCCCGACGCUCCUCUUGUGGUUGGAAAGGGCAAAGGAAAGGAAAAUAAUCUGUAUUAUCCAAUGGAAGUCCUCGAAGUUUGCGAUAAUCAGCGCUUGACGUCGUCGCAGUUGACUCCAGAUCAGACUGUGGACAUCAUCAAGGCCAGUUCGGUCCCUCCUUCGCUUCUGGACAGACAGAUCCAAGCCAAUUGUCGGUCAUUGAGAUUGAAUACGGAUCAAACUCUGGUAAACGCUGAAAUUAAGAUCAAAGAGACUCCAAUCGAGGUAAAUUUUGAGAGCUGGAAGAUGUAUCUGGAGCGUGAUAUAAUUUUAAUUUAUAAUGUAAUGUCUAAAGUCCUAAUUUUUUCCAGGUUAAUGGCCAACAACUUCUCGGACCCAAGGUUGGUUAUGCUGGCAACGCUCGCGUUGAAUUGGACACUAAAAAGGGCUCUUGGGCCCAUAGAAUCGGCAAGGCCAGAUACUUGAUCCCCGCCACCGUUGGUGUCUGGGCGAUUUACUUCUGCACCAGGAACGAAAGAGACAUGAAUGAAGCCAAUCAACAGUAGGGUUGAUAAUUUUUAUUUUUAUUGCUUUCCAUUUUUAGUAUCUUUAUUCGAACCUUCAUGGAGCAAUGCCGAAACAAGGGAAUGAGCAUCGAUUUCCCCGCCGAAGUCGCUUUCCUUGGCCCUCCUCGAGAAGACGAAGAACCGAGCUCACUGCGUCGUCGCUUCAUCAGAGCCCAAGGCAAGGCCCAGUUCAUCGUGGUGAUCACGGAAAAAUCUGAUCUCUAUGUCCAUAAGCACCUCAAGCAAUUGGAACAAGAGUUUGAUAUUGUGACCCAGAAUGUGACCAUUGCAACAGCAAGAAAUGCCGUCGAUAACCAGAAGAGUCGUCUGACCAUGGAGAAUGUGGUGAACAAGACGAACGUCAAGUGUGGAGGACUCAAUCAUGCCAUCAUCUUGCCGAACAGGUAUGAAGCUUGCUGAUUUUGGCCGGAACAUGACAAAAAUAAAAAGAUUUUUUUGACAGUUGAGUUUCUCAAUUGAUUUUUCAAUUUUCAGCGACGAGCUCGGAAAAGACGAUCUGUUCGUUGGCUUUGGAAUGAACCAUCCAGGCGGAUUUGUCACCACCGAAGAGAGGAGACGCGGUCCGCCAUCUGUUGUCGGAGUAGGUUGAAUUUUGAUUUUGUGUUUUGUCUUUAGGUUUCAUGACGCGUCAUAUUGAUUUAUGAUGGAUUUACAAGUCAAGUUUGAGAUGUUAUUGACGUGUGAACUUUUCAGUAUGCUGCCAAUGACCUGAAACACCCAUGCGCCUUCUCCGGCGAUUAUUUGUUCCAAGAAAGUCGACGAGAUGAAAAGAUCUCCAUUAUUGACAUGAUCCUGAAGACGGUGAUCGACCGCUACAACAAACACCGUGGAAAGAUGCCGAGGAGAAUCAUCAUCUACAGAAAUGGGUGCUCCGAAGGUCAAUUCACGUCGGUUUUGAAAUUCGAAAUCCCAAUCCUGAAGGAGACUCUGAGGCGCCUGAAAUGUGACGCACAGAUCACAAUGAUUGUCCCAAAUCGUCAGCACAACAUCAGGUUUUAUCCGCCGAACUCGAGGCCCGGUGACAAGCCGUGGGAUCAGAAUCUGGAGCCUGGAACCGCCAUCGACAGUGUUGUUGUCCAUCCGACCUUUUUCGAAUUCUAUCUGCUCAGUCAUCAGGCCAGACAGGUAAGAGGCUUUUCAACUGGAUUUCGGAGACUUUUUGGGAGAAUUUUGGGGCAAAAAAAUUAUAUGUGGGAUAUUUUUUAUAUUAUACUUGACAUUGUCUACCUUAUAUUUUUCUUAUUUUUGCUUCCAGGGAACAGCCAAAGCCCCCAGAUACACUGUGAUCUACGACGAAAACCAUCUCUCCCUCGGUGAUGCCGAAAACAUGACCUACGCCCUCUGCUAUGGCCAUCAGAUUGUCGCCUGCACCGUCGGACUCCCAGCCCCGUGCUACAUUGCUGAUUGUUAUGCCGAAAGAGGUCGCAAUAUCUACAACGCUCACGCUCAAUCCAGACAUUUGGAGAGUGUCGAUCAAAUGGAACUCCAAGAGAUGACCGAGAAACUCUCAUAUGCCGAGAAAGUUAUCCGCAACAAGAGAUUCAACGCCUAG